AUGACAGCUGAGCUGACAUCUGAUGAGUUCCUGCGUCUUCAGGAGGAACUACUCAACCUGAAGAUGCAGACCGAAGAACUACGGCAGGAAAAUGCGCGACUACUGCGGCAUGUGCAAGAACCGCUGAUGGGCAACAUGGAAGCCUUACGGAAAGCUGGAGCAGGAGCUGUCUCUGGUGCCGUGGGAGCUGUGUCGGCCAUUGGGCAACGUGCGGGAGCCUCCCUGAAAUCUUCCCUGGAUGGGAGCACCUUUCAGGGCCAUUUCCAGGAGGGUCAUGGCCAUGGAAGGGAGGUCGUUGAUGCAGAGGUGUCCGCACUACACGAGCGCUUGAAAGAGGUGACGGAGGAGCUGAACGCUGCCCGGCAGGAUGCCAUGCUGGCGCAACGUGAAGCCACAGCAGCCGAGGGACAUACACCCAAUGGUAGUGGUCCACCUGUGCAGGACGUGCUCACCGUCAGCCAGGCCCUACUGCUGAAAGUUCAACAGCAGCAACGAGAUCUGGAACGGGUGCGUGAAGCUGUUGACGGCCAACAGGCACAAGUCCAACGCCUCACGGAAAAGGCUGCCUCUGAACGGAUGACCAAACCAGCGGCUGUUGCGUUGCCAGGCCUGGAGGAACAACUGCGCAGUGCUGAAGGGAAGCUGGACGAGCUAGGCCGCCGGUUGCAAUCCUCCCAGGGAACCUCUCGCUUAACUUACGAGCUGCGCUGUCACAUGGAGUCCGUCUUGGAUCGAGUGAGGCAGCGUGACAAUGCCAUCGAGCAGCUCCUUACAAGGCAAGAACGCAUGGAGCACGUCAGCGUGAUGCGGCGGGAACGCUUGGCGUUUGCACAGGAGGAUCUUUUGUCCCAGUGGAUGCGGAAGGAACUCCCUGCUGAACCGCUUGAUGAAGGUGGGGAGGUCUCUCCUUCGAGCGCCAGAAGCGUUCCAUCGGCUGGGGAGUCUGUGGAAGAGUUAGAUCAGUUGGAUCUGUGGAAGGCAGUGGGCGUGCAGGUAUCCAAUGAAGAUACUGCAGAGCUGGGUUGGGAGGCUGCCGUUGCGGCCAGUCCAACUUCAUCCUUGGUAGGUGACGCGUCCUUGGAAGACUUGGAGCAAGACCUUGAGGCGCUGCGUCGAGAGCUGCAAAAUGUGCAGUUGAAGAACCGCCAAAAGGCGGAGGAGCUCCGCGCGCAAAUCCGCGAGCAUCAGCGGAAGCUGGACGAAGCUGAAGCCAAAGAGGCUUCAACGAAUGGGUCUCCCAGUGCCGCCAGUGCCGCAGCCGCUUCAGUUGCCAGUGAGGCCUUCGACUCUAUUCUCUAUGUGCAAAAGAUUGAAGAGCUGGAACGUCAGAACGCGGGCUUGGAACAAGACCUGGAGUUGCUCAGAUCCAGCGAGCAGUGCCUACAAGCAGACAGCAAAGAGAAGGAGGAGCUCAUCUCCUUCCUCAUGCGGACCAUGAGAUCCACAGAACGUGAAGAAGCGGAGGCCUCAAGGCCACGGCCAGGAGCUGGAUCGAGACUGCUUGGUUUGUUGUCAGGUCGACGAGACAGGAGCCAAGCACUUCGAAAUCUGGAGGAAUUGGAAAAAGUGGCCGAAGAGGCCUUGUUGGAUAACAUGCGGCUGCGCAAAGAUCUCCGGACCUUGGCUGAAGAGUUCGGCAAGGCGGUGGCGCUGAAGCCAAGCACCGAGAACAAAAAGUUGGGAAACGUUCGCAACGGGAAGUUUUUGGCCAGUGACAAUGGUGACAGGGGAGACCGAAAUCGAAGCUACUGGCGUGGCGACAACGACAAUGACUCGGUCUCCAAAUGGUUGACCUACGUCCUUCGUCAUGGCGCAUCUGAGGAAGAUGUCUACAUGGACAAGCACGGCUACGUCUCUGUGGACCAGUUGAUUGCCUUGAGAGAAAAAGAGUUUGGCAAGACCACGAAUCUCUAUCAAAUUCGUUUGGUGGUUGAGACCUGCCCGAAGCAACGCUUUGAAAUCUGGGAGGACGAACAAAAUGAGGGCAAAACAUGGGUUCGUGCCACUCAGGGCCACUCCAUCUCAAAGGUGCAGGAUACAGUGCAUCGCCCGCUGCGCAGUGCAGACGAUCUCGGAAACGAAGAACCGGUGCAUGGUACCUUCCUCCAUGCAUGGCUGAAAAUCCGCCAUGAAGGGUUGAAGACCAUGGGACGGAAUCACAUCCAUAUGUGUAUGGGCCUUCCGGGCACCGGUGUCAUCAGCGGAAUGCGCGAGGAUGCAGAUGUGGCGAUCUACAUCAACGUAGCAUUGGCCAUGCAGUCUGGCAUUUGCUUCGUGCAAUCGAGCAAUGGAGUGAUCCUUACAGUAGGCGAAGGUGAUACUCAGACAUUGUCAACAAAUUUCUUUUCGAAAGUUUAUUGGAUGGGGCGAGGUUCCCAUUCCGAGAAGAUGUUGAUUUGGGACAAACAGCAGGGCGACCUCCUGGAGGAGCUGCGCAAAACUUGCGAGGACCUGGCUGACGCGGUGGACAGGGCAGAAUGGAUGGAACAAUCAAAGAAUAAGAAACCAGCAGCCAAGAAGAUGCCAAAGCCCAAAGCAAUGCCUGAAUCGCUGAGGUGCGGUGCGAUGAGACCCCCAGAGCCCGAGCGGCCACCCAGCUUUAGCUUGGCACCGACCUUGUGCAAAGCCAGCGCUCCACCACCAUUGCCACCGCCACCUCCGAAAAACGACCUGGAGAGAGCCCCUUGGCGAAGUGGCCACGUUGUGCCGCCCAGGAAUAAGGAGGAGUACAUGCUGGCUCUGCCUGGAAUGGCACAAUCUGACACUGGGGAGGUGGCAGGAGUGUCCAGCGAACAAUGGCACGAGAUGGCCGCUUCGAAUUCAGUCCCUUUACGCCCAGCUUGGCAAGCCGAAACGCAGCCUGCUGCUGGUCAUGUGCAUCCGCACGCCACCCAGCAGCAAAGGUCUUUGGAGGUGGCUCACUACGUGCCCUCGCAAACCGAUCACCAGGAGCAAAGCGCCACGGAUCAGUGGGCAAUGACGACCUACCACAACCAGAACGAGCAACACGCCAAGGAUGUGCAGUGGACAGCAUCACAGCCGUACUACCAACCGCAGAAGGCCAUGGACCACAUGCAGUCCGCGCAAGCUGAUCACCAGGAGAAACACGCAACAGAGGAGCAGUGGGCAUCACAGCCGUACUACCCACCGCAGAAGGCCAUGCACCACACGCACUCCGCGCAAACCGAUCACCAGGUCUCAAGCGGACCGCCAUCCCAGAUGACGACCUACCACAACCAGGCGCAACGCGAACUGCAUGAGCCGCGGGCACUGGCCGAGGCGCAACGCGAACUGCAUGAGCCGCGGGCACUAGCCGAGGCAUCACACGCAUACUACCAACAGCAGCAACAGCAGCAGGCCAUGCACCACGCGCAAACCGAUCACCAGGCGCAACGCACCCUGGAUGAGCCGCGGGCACUAGCCGAGGCAUCACACGCAUACUACCAACAGCAGCAACAGCAGCAGGCCAUGCACCACGCGCAAACCGAUCACCAGGCGCAACGCGAACUGCAUGAGCCGCGGGCACUAGCCGAGGCCAUGCACCACGCGCAAACCGAUCACCAGGCGCAACGCACCCUGGAUGAGCCGCGGGCACUAGCCGAGGCAUCACACGCAUACUACCAACAGCAGCAACAGCAGCAGGCCAUGCACCACGCGCAAACCGAUCACCAGGCGCAACGCACCCUGGAUGAGCAGCGGGCACUAGCCGAGGCUGCGCGCUUACAAUACCAUCAACAGCAUCAACAGCAUCAACAACAUCAACAGCAUCAACAGCAUCAGGCCUGGGCUGCGGCUUCCAGCAGCAACCCCUCGUGGCGUGGACAUAGUGCCCCGCAAGCCCCACAGUCGACGCAAGGUCUCUCCUGGCCCUGGGGCCAGGUGCCACAGGCACAGGUGCCGCAGGCCACUAACCUGUGCCGUCACAACAUGGGCCAAGUACUUGCGCCGCAAGCCAUGAGCCCACAGAUGAACGCACAGAUGAACGGACAGAUGAACGCGCAGAUGAACGCGCAGAUGAACCCGCAGAUGAACGCGCAGAUGAACGCGCAGGCGCCACCGCCACCUCCAACUGGCGACAACCUGGGGACAGCCCCUUGGCGCCGCGAGCCACCCAAGAAUCAGGAAGAAAACAACAUGCUGGCUCUGCCUGGAAUGCUCCAAUCCGAUACUGGCGAGGUGAGAGCAGUGUCCAUGGCCGAGCAAAUGAACAGGCUCAACGCCAUGAAUCCAGUGCCGGAGCUGCCGGCUCGGCAAGCCAAAACGCAACCUGAUGCCAGACAAUGGGCGGCUACACCGACCAAGGAGGUAAAGGACGACUUAACAGGUCGCAUGUUGGGGUUGCAGGCAAAUAUGAAGCAUGAGGAGGUGUCGACUUCUCAGCCUUCCCAGCCCAAGAUCCACAUGAACAAACCUCUGGUCAACUAUCAGGAGAGCGACUCUUCCACUGAGGAGGAAAGUGACAGCGACUCCGAUGCCAGAGAGGAGGCUGAAGAGGGGAGCAAAGACGAUGAAAUGGCUCGCUAUUUGCAGAAGGAACUUGGUCAGGAUGCAGCUCAGGAUGCGAGGAAACCACAACCAUUGGUAGAAGACAAACCAAAGACUGAGGAUGCGAGGAGACUGCGCCCACCGGUACAAGACAAGCCACAGACCGAGGAUGCGAGGAGACUGCACCCACCGGUACAAGACAAGCCACAGACCGAGGAUGCGAGGAGACUGCACCCACCGGUACAAGACAAGCCACAGACUGAGGAUCAAAGAAAGCAGCAGCCACUGGUACAAGACAAACCAAAGACUGAGGAUGUGAUGAGACUGCUCACACCGGUGCCUAAGGCUGAGGAUCCAAGAAAAUCACAGCCACUGGUACAAGACAAACCAAAGACUGAGGAUCCAAGAAAAUCACAGCCACUGGUACACGACAAACCAAAGACUGAGGACAAGGAUCCAAGAAAAUCACAGCCACUGGUACAAGACAAACCAAAGACUGAGGAUCCAAGAAAAUCACAGCCACUGGUACAAGACAAACCAAAGACUGAGGACAAGGAUCCAAGAAAAUCACAGCCACUGGUACACGACAAACCAAAGACUGAGGAUCCAAGAAAAUCACAGCCACUGGUACAAGACAAACCAAAGACUGAGGAUUCAAGAAAACCGCAGCCAAUGGUACAAGACAAACCAAAGAUUGAGGACCCAAAAAAGCCGCAGCCAAACGUACAAGACCAACCAAAGACUGAGGAGCCAAGAAAACGGCAGCCACUGGUACAAGACAAGCCACAGAGUGAGGAUCAAAGGAAAAUGCAGCCAGGGGUGCAAGACAAACCGAAGACUGAGGAUCAAAGGAAACUGCAGCCAGGGGUGCAAGACAAACCGAAGACUGAGGAUCAAAGGAAACUGCAGCCAGGGGUGCAAGACAAACCGAAGACUGAGGAGGCUAAACCUGCAAAGGCGGCCCCUGGCACGAAGGAGUCGGCGAAGGCGGAAAAGAAAACUGACGCCAAAGCGGCCAAAACGGCCAAAGCGGAAAAGGAAAAGGCCAAGGACGCCCUGCCACCAGAAUUGGAGGCACAAUUCAGAAAGAAGGUGUCGUUUCAGAACCACUCACCGCACUUUGUGCAGAGCACCGUGGAGUUCGUGCAGCAGCAUGCUUUGCACAGCUUGGCGGAGCGCGCCUUGAUGAUGAUGUCGUCGGUGGAUGGUGAGAAUCUUAUGAAGUCCCAGUCCAUCAACUUCAAACGUCGCAAGGGUCUUCAUGACAAAAUGAAGCAUUUCUUUGACUUGGUGAAGACCAAGGACAAGAGCGGAGAGGUGUCCCCCAUUGUGUCGCACGCCUGGAAUCUCAUCAAGCAGAAGGCUGACCCUGAGGCAUCGCGGUCUCGUUCUCGAAAGGAACGCUCCAGGAGUCGCCGUUCGCGGCGGCGCUCAAAGUCACGGCGCCGCUCCAAGUCGCGGCGUCAGUCGCGGCGUCAGUCGCGGCGUCGCUCUCAGUCGCGGCGGCGGCGCUCGAAGUCGCGGCGGCGUCGGUCCCACAGCCGAAGGAGUCGCAGGGGGCGCAGCCGGAGCAAGCGUAGCAAGUCACGUCGCAGCCGGAAGCGCUUGCGGCGCUCCAAGAGCUCGGAGGACACCAGCACCAGCAGUAGCAGCGCUAGUUCCUCCAAGCCGGUCGUCAAAGCCGCGAAACCCAAGGCGAAGGUGGCUGUGAAGUCGAAGGCCAAGGCCAAGGCCCAGGUCUCGGAGAGCAGCAGCAGUGAUGGCGAGCCACAGGGCGAGCGAAAGGCAGCGGCGCAGGCCACGAAAGUGGCCGUGGCCAAGCUGAAGGUGCCGCCGAAGCCACGCACCGAGAACAAAAAGUUGGGAAACGUUCGCAACGGGAAGUUUUUGGCCAGCGACAGGGGAGACCGAAAUCGAAGCUACUGGCGUGGCGACAACGACAACGACUCGGUCUCCAAAUGGUUGACCUACGUCCUUCGUCAUGGCGCGUCUGAGGAAGAUGUCUACAUGGACAAGCACGGCUACGUCUCUGUGGACCAGUUGAUUGCCUUGAGAGAAAAAGAGUUUGGCAAGACCACGAAUCUCUAUCAGAUUCGUUUGGUGGUUGAGACCUGCCCAAAGCAACGCUUUGAAAUCUGGGAGGACGAACAAAAUGAGGGCAAAACAUGGGUUCGUGCCACUCAGGGCCACUCCAUCUCAAAGGUGCAGGAUACAGUGCAUCGCCCGCUGCGCAGUGCAGACGAUCUCGGAAACGAAGAACCGGUGCAUGGUACCUUCCUCCAUGCAUGGCUGAGAAUCCGCCAUGAAGGGUUGAAGACCAUGGGACGGAAUCACAUCCAUAUGUGUAUGGGCCUUCCGGGCACCGGUGUCAUCAGCGGAAUGCGCGAGGAUGCAGAUGUGGCGAUCUACAUCAACGUAGCAUUGGCCAUGCAGUCUGGCAUUUGCUUCGUGCAAUCGAGCAAUGGAGUGAUCCUUACAGUAGGCGAAGGUGAUACAAAGACAUUGUCAACAAAUUUCUUUUCGAAAGUUUACUGGAUGGGGCGAGGUUCCGAUUCCGAGAAGAUGUUGAUUUGGGACAAACAGCAGGGCGACCUCCUGGAGGAACUGCGCAAAACUUGCGAGGACCUGGCUGAUGCGGUGGACAGGGCGGAAUGGCAGGAGCAAUCCAAGAGCGACAAACCAGCAGCCAAGAAGAUGCCAAAACCCAAAAAGAUGCCCGAAUCGCUGAGGUGCAGCGGUGCGAUGAGACCCCCUGAACCCGAGCGGCCACCCAGCUCUAUCCUGGCGCCCACCUUGUGCAAAGCCAGCGCUCCACCGCCAUUGCCACCGCCACCCCCGAUGGACAACGAUCUGGAUAGCGUGGCAGGAGUGCCCAGCGAACAAUUCAACGAUAUGGUCGCUUCGAAUUCAGUCCCUUCACACCCGGCUUGGCAAGCCGAAAUGCAGCAUGCAGUUGGUCACGUGCCUUCACCUGCCACGCAGCAGCAGAUGUCUUUGGAGGCGGCGCACCACCCCUCGGCGCACCGCGUGCCCUCCGCACAAACUGAUCACCAGGAGCAAAGCGUCACAGAUGGGCAGUGGGCAGCAUACUACCAACAGCAACAGGCAUCACACGCAUACUACCAACAGCAGCAACAGCAGCAGGCCAUGCACCACGCGCCCUCUGUGCCCUCCGCGCCCUCCGCGCAAACCGAUCACCAGGCGCAACGCGCCCUGGAUGAGCAGCGGGCACUAGCCGAGACUGCGCGCUUGCAACAGCAUCAACAGCAUCAACAGCAUCAGGCCUGGGCCGCGGCUUCCAGCCCCUCGUGGCAUGGACAUAGUGCCGCGCAAGCCCCACACUCGAUGCAAGGAGCUCCCUGGCAGUGGGUCCAUGUUCAGGCUUCACAGGCGACUACCCUGUGCCACAACAUGGGCCAAGCGCUUGCGCCGCAAGCAAUGAGCCCACAGAUGAACGCACAGAUGAGCGCGCAGAUGCAGGUGCAGAUGAACGCGCACAUGAACGCGCAGAUGAACACGCAGAUGAAUGCGCAGGCGCCACCGCCACCUCCAACUGGCAACAACCCGGGGAACCCCCCUUGGCGCCGCGAGCCACCCAAGAACCAGGAAGAACACAACACGAUGGCUCUGCCUGGAAUGGCCCAAUCCGACACUGGCGAGGUGAGAGCAAUGUCCACGGCCCAGCAAAUGAACAGGCUCAACACCAUGAAUCCAGUGCCGGAGCUGCCGGCCCAGCAAGCCAAAACGCAGCCUGACGCCGGGCAACGGGCGGCUUCCCCGACCAAGGAGGCAAAGGACGACCCAACAGGUCGCAUAAAGCAUCAAGAGGUGUCGACUUCUAAGCCUUCCCAGCCCAAGACCCAAAAGAGCACACCCUUGGUCAGCUAUGAGGUGAGCUCUGAUGGGAGCUAUUCCGACACUGAGGACAGCGACAGCGACUCCGACGCGGAAGUGGUUGAAAAACCCAAACAGGCAGAGGCUAAAGUGGAGCGCAAAAAAGACAUUGAUUUGUUUCUCAGUCUUCAGCAGGCAGAGGCUAAAGUGGAGCGCAAAAAAGACAUUGAUCUGUUUCUCAGUCUUCAGCAGGAACUUGGUCAGGAUGCGGCGCAGGCAAAGGGUGAAGCCAGUAAAGCUGAAGAUGUGAGGAAACCACAGCCACCAGUAGAAGACAAACAAAAGACUGAGGCUGUGAGGAGAUUGCACCCACCGGUACAUGACAAGCCAAAGGCUGAGGAUCCAAGAAAAACGCAGCCACUAGUACAAGACAAACCAAAGACUGAGGAUGUGAUGAGACUGCUCCCAAAGGUGCCAAAGGCUGAGGAUCCAAGAAAAACGCAGCCACUACUACUACAAGACAAACAAAAGACUGAGGAUCCAAGAAAACGGCUGCCGCUAGCACAAGACAAACCAAAGACUGAGGAUCCAAGAAAACGGCUGCCGCUAGCACAAGACAAACCAAAGACUGAGGAUCCAAGAAAACGGCUGCCGCUAGCACAAGACAAACCAAAGACUGAGGAUCCGAGAAAAACGCAGUCACUGGUACAAGACCAACCAAAGACGGAGGAUCCAAGAAAAACGCAGUCACUGGUACAAGACCAACCAAAGACGGAGGAUCCGAGAAAAACGCAGUCACUGGUACAAGACCAACCAAAUACGGAGGAUGCAAGAAAAACACAGUCACUGGUACAAGACCAACCAAAGACGGAGGAUGCAAGAAAAACACAGUCACUGGUACAAGACCAACCAAAGACGGAGGAGCCAAGAAAACGGCAGCCACUGGUACAAGACAAACCAAAUACCGAGGAUCACAGGAAACAGCAAGUGGUGCAAGACAAACCGAACACUGAGGAUCAAAGGAAACUGCAGCAAGUGGUGCAAGACAAACCGAAGACUGAGGAACACAGAAGACUACAGCCAGGAGCGCAAGACAAACCGAACACUGAGGAACACAGAAGACUACAGCCAGGAGCGCAAGACAAACCGAACACUGAGGAUGCCCUGCCACCAGAAGUGGAGGCACAAUUCAAGAAGAAGGUGGCGUUUCAGAACCACUCGCUGCAUUUCUCACUGAGCGCCAUUGAGUUCGUGCGGCAACAUGCGUUGCACAGAGUAGCGGAGCACGCCCUGAUGAUGAUGUCGCGGAAGGAUGGUGAGGAUCUCAUGGGGUCGAUCCAGUGCAUCAACUUCAAACGUCGCAAGGGUCUUCGUGACAAAAUGAAGCAUUUCUUUGACUUGGCGAAGACCAAGGACAAGAGCGGAGAGGUGGCACCAAUGGUGUCGCGCGCCUGGGAUCUCAUCAAGCAGAAGGCUGCCCCUGAGGGAUCGCCCUCUCGUUCUCGAAAGGAACGCUCCAGGAGUAGGAGUCGCCAUUCGUGGCGGCGCUCCAAGUCACAGCGCCGCUCUAAGUCGCGGCGUCGCUCCAAGUCACGGCGGCGCUCCAAGUCACGGCGGCGUCGCUCCUGCAGCCAAAGGAGUCGCAGGCGGCGGAGCCGAAGCAAGCAUGGCAAGUCACGUUGCAGCCGGAAGCGCAAGCGCUCCAAGACCAAGGACAGCAGCAGCAGUAGCAGCGCUAGUUCCUCCAAGCCGGUGGCGAAAGCGAAGGCGAAGGUGGCGGUGAAGUCGAAGGCAAAGGCCAAGGCCAAGGCCUCUCAGACGUGCAGCAGCAGCAGCAGCAGUGAUGACGAGCCACAGGAUCCCAAGAAACUGCAGCCACUGGUACACGACAAGCCGAAGACUGAGGAACUCAGGGUACUGCAGCCACCCUCGAAAGACAAGGAGAUUGUCAAAAAGCCUUCCCAUGACGAACUGCAUUCCAAACUGGCUGAGCUGAAGAAGAGCUCCAAACUGGCUGAGCUGAAGAAGAGCUCCAAACUGGCUGAGCUGAAGAAGAAACUUGAGGAUCAGCAGCAUGAGCAGAAGAAGGAGAAACGAAAAAAGGAUUCAGAAGAUCCAGGCUCCAAUGUUGAAAGAAGAAAGGUGCGUGUCCUUGGAAAUGGGUGA